AUGGAUAGUGCUUGGAGAUCCUCUCCCCAAUUCCUCCUACUCCUUUGUUUUGCUUCAUUUCUUCAACUAUGUCACUCAUCAUCCCAACUAAAGAGCUACAUUGUCUACACUGGCAAUAUCAUAAAGGAUGAGGCUUCCAUGUUGGCUCUUUAUUCAAGCAUGCUACAAGAAGUUGCUGACAGCAAUACUGAGCCCAAGUCAGUGCAGCGGUACUACAAACGAAGUUUCAGUGGCUUUGUUGCUAAGCUUACGGAGGAGGAAGCCAAUAGAUUGGCUAGACAUGAUAGAGUGGUAGCUGUCUUUCCUAAUGAAAAGAAGCAACUCCAUACAACAAGGUCAUGGGAUUUUAUUGGCUUUCCACUACAAGUAGAUAGAGCAACAGCUGAGAGUGAUGUCAUCAUUGGAGUGCUUGACUCUGGAAUCUGGCCAAACUCUGAGACCUUCAAUGACAAAGGAUUCGGUCCACCACCUAGUAAAUGGAAGGGCACCUGCCAAAGUUCUACGAAUUUCACAUGCAAUAAUAAAAUCAUUGGGGCUAAGAUUUACAAAGCUGAUGGACUCUUUACCCCGGACGAUCCAAAAUCUCCAUUAGAUUUAGAGGGUCAUGGCACUCAUACAGCAUCAAUAGCAGCUGGGAAUCCAGUUAGUCCAGCUAGCAUGUUAGGCCUUGCUCAGGGAACAGCAAGAGGUGGCGCGAUAAAAGCACGCAUUGCUGUGUACAAAGUGUGUUGGUUAUUUGACGGUUGUUCUGAUGCAGACAUACUCGCAGCAUUUGAUGAUGCAAUUGCAGAUGGGGUUGACAUAAUAUCAGUUUCUAUUGGAGGUUUCAAUGAUCAAAAUUACUUUAGAGAUUCAAUUGCCAUUGGAGCAUUUCAUGCUGUGCGAAAUGGAGUAUUGACAGUAACUUCAGCAGGGAACAGUGGUCCAAAAUAUUCCUCCCUGUCCAAUUUUUCGCCUUGGUCAAUUACUGUGGCUGCCAGUAACAUAGACAGGAAGUUUGUUACCAAGGUUGAACUGGGUAACAACGUUACCUAUGAGGGUACCUCGAUAAAUACAUUUGACCUCAAGGGGGAGUUGUAUCCAAUAAUCUAUGGUGGAGAUGCACCAAGCAAAGGCUUCGAUUCAUCGACAUCAAGGUUUUGCUUCAGCGGUUCGUUGGACGAAAAAUUAGUUGAGGGUAAAAUUGUUCUCUGUGAGACCAGAAACAAAGCGAUAGGUCCUUUCGAUGCCGGUGCUGUUGGGGCAUUGAUACAAGGUCAAAGUACUCGAGAUAUUCCUCCUUCUCUUCCAUUACCUGGAUCUUACCUUGGUUUGAGGGAUGGUGCCUCUGUACUUGACUACAUAAACUCUACUAGGACUCCAACUGCAACCAUAUUUAAGACUGAUGAGACAAAGGAUACAAUAGCCCCUGUUGUGCCCUCUUUCUCUUCAAGGGGUCCAAACAUUGUUACACCUGAAGUGCUCAAGCCGGAUUUAGUGGCUCCUGGAGUUGCCAUUCUAGCUAGUUGGUCUCCAGUUUCCCCUCCUUCUGAUGUUGAAGGUGACAAUAGAACAUUAAAUUUCAAUAUUAUCUCCGGAACAUCAAUGUCUUGUCCACAUGUUUCUGGGGCAGCAGCAUAUGUUAAGUCAUUCCACCCAACAUGGUCUCCUGCUGCUAUUCGUUCAGCUCUAAUGACAACAGCUAAAGAACUUAGUCCCACGAUUAACCUUCAUGCAGAAUUCGCAUAUGGCGCAGGCCAAAUUGAUCCUUCCAAGGCUGUGCACCCGGGUUUAGUAUAUGAUGCUGGUGAAAUAGACUAUGUAAGGUUUUUAUGCGGACAAGGCUAUAGUACAAGGGCUUUACAACUCAUCACAGGAGAUAACAGUAGCUGCUCUGAAACAAGUUCAGCAAGGGAUCUAAACUAUGCUUCAUUUGCACUUUUUGCCCCACCUUCCAACUCCAAUGCAGUAAGUGGCAGUUUUAACAGAACUGUUACAAAUGUUGGAUCAGCAACGUCCACGUAUGAAGCUAAGGUGAUUGCUCCUGAAGGACUAAAAAUUGAAGUGAACCCUAGUAUUCUAUCAUUUACUUCUCUUAACCAAAAGCGCACAUUUGUGCUCACAAUUGAGGGAACAAUAGAAGAACCCGUAGUGUCAGCCUCUUUGACUUGGAGUGAUGGUAAAGUCCAAGUGAGGAGCCCCAUUGUUGUGUUUAACAAUGCUUAA